AUGGGCGCCGCCGGCUCGUCGGCUUUCCUCGGCCUCCCUGCGCCUCGUCUCCUUCCACAGUCCCGGCCCGGAUGGCUUGGGGUUGCAGCUCUGGGUUUGGCCGCCCUGGCUCUGGGAGCCGUGGGCUGGCGCCGCGCGAGACUCAGGCGGCGUAGGCGGCUGCAGCAGGUGGGCACCGUGGCCCAGCUCUGGAUCUACCCUAUUAAGUCCUGCAAAGGGGUGUCGGUGAGCGAAGCCGAGUGCACUGCCCUGGGGCUGCGCAGCGGCCACCUGCGGGACAGGUUUUGGCUGGUGGUUAAGGAAGAUGGACAUAUGGUCACUGCCCGUCAGGAGCCUCGCCUCGUUCUGAUCUCCAUCACCUAUGAGAACAACUGUCUGAUCCUUAAGGCCCCAGGCGUGGACCAAUUGGUUUUAGUUAGCAAGCUGCCUUCCUCAAACACCCUCCAGAACUGCAGGUUAUUCGGUCUUGACAUUAAGGGCAGGGAUUGUGGUGACGAGGCAGCUCAGUGGUUCACUAACUUCUUGAAAACAGAACCUUACAGGCUGGUUCAGUUUGAAACAAACAUGAAGGGGAGAUCAUCAGCGAAAAUCUUGUCUCCUUCUGUACAGAAGUAUGAGGUGGCCUACCCAGACUGCAGCCCAAUUUUGGUCCUCUCAGAUGCCUCCCUGGCAGAUUUGAACACCAGGCUGGAGAAGAAAGCAAAAGUGGGGCAUUUCCGGCCAAAUAUCAUGGUGACGGGCUGCAGUGCUUUUGAAGAGGACACCUGGGAUGAACUCCUAAUUGGCAACGUGGAAAUGAAAAAGGUCAUGUCCUGCCCCAGGUGUGUUAUGACCACUGUGGACCCCGACACUGGAAUCAUAGACUGGAAAGAGCCACUGGAAACCCUGAAGAGUUACCGCCUAUGUGAUCCAUCUGAGAAGCAUAUAUACAAAUCAUCCCCACUAUUUGGGAUCUAUUAUUUGGUGGAAAAAAUUGGAAGCAUGAGAGUUGGUGACCCUGUGUACCGCAUAGUGUAA